AUGGAUACCAAGACAUCGUACGAACCUCCAGUUGCAGUGUUGCAAGUGCACAAUGAUAAAGAACUAGAUUAUGCUACCACUGAGACAUCUACCACCAUGAGCAGCAACAACAGCAGCCGUCGUUCCAGCUUGAGCAGUUUUGAUAGUAACAAUGAUCAUACAGCUCCACUUGAAUUAGGGCUUGUGAUCAAUGCGCUUCAAACAUCACUUGCAGAGCAAGAGGAAGAAGAAGAAGAGCCUGUUCGAUCAAAUACUACCACAGAUCAGCCAGUGCCAUCUCCACAAUCAACAAGCUCAUCCACUACUACAACAGCAGCAACAAGCGUCUUACCAGCAGCAACAUUUGGAUCAAAAGGACUCAAACGAGAAGAAGCAGUGAUUGUUGAUUACGAAUUGGACCAUGGCGUCGCGACUACUACUGCUACCAGCAGAGAGAGUAAUGCAACUGGAUCUGCGAAUUUGAUCGUCUUGGAUUGCAUUGAUCCCAAGUCUGUCAAACCAAAUAAUCUCACACCACGUGAACAAGAGAAAGCAGAUGAACCAAUACUGAGAGCAAUGCACCACUUGUUCAGCAAUCGCUUUAUGAAGGCAAAACGAUUGUUUGAAGAAAAUGCGCAGAGUGAUCCUCUUCAUGCACUUGGUUUGGGCUCCAUGGUAUUCUUGAAAGCACUCAUGUCUAGUAGUCAGCAGGCCACAGACAAUGCCAUCAAAGUACUCAUGUCUACCUACAGUCUUGCCAGCGCACAGAUCGACAACUCAACAAAGAGAAAUGUAGGAGGCACGGUGAUACAGUACUUUGCAUCUUACUGCAACUCAAUUAAAUUCUCCCGUGGAUCAGGCGUGCCUACCAACAUCACUCCUGCUAAACCCAAGGCACUGGAAACGCAUAAAGUGAGUACGGUACCCAACGGUAUCCUAAGAGCUCAUGUAGUGAAAGCAGAGGCAUGCUUGCAAAUGGCUAUACUCUAUCUUUUGCAAGAAACCAUCACAGGGUAUAUCAAAUGUGGAUUGAAUUUGAGGAGAGCCUACUCCAGUUACAGCAUUGUUUGGCAAGAGUAUAAACGCAUGGGUCAAUUGCACAAUGAGUACAUUGACAGAGACACCAUUUCCGGUAUACAGUUUGGCAUUGGUGCUGUGCAUUUGGUGCUAUCUUCAUUGCCCCAAAAGAUUCUAAGAACGGUAGCAGCAUUUGGUUGGAAAGCAGACAAGCAUUUAGGUUUCGCCUUGCUGAAAUUAUGCCUCGAAGGUCGAAGAGCAAGAGCUUCCAUGUCGUCCGUCAUGCUGUUGGCUUAUUACACCACCUUGACCAGCCUUUGUCCUCAGAUACUAGCAGACCAGUACACACAACCUGCUAUUGAAACACUGUUGGACGCUCAAAAGGCAUUUCCCAACUCGGCCAUCUUUUUGUAUUUUGCAGGCAAAACAUCUCGAUUAGCCCGUAAUCUGACACUGUCUACUCAAUCUUUUGUGUACGCUAUCGACACUAGUAAGAAUGAAUGGGCAGAAGUAGAGGUACUUCACAUGUGUAGCUAUGAAAUUGGGUUCAACCAUAUGAUGAAGAACAAGUGGGCGGAAGCAGCUGCUAUAUUCCAGACGCUGUCCAGGGAGAGAUACUGGUCUCAGCCUAUUUUCAUGUACCUGACGGGCGCUUGCUUGGAUAUGAUGGGUCAGCGCACAGAAGCUAUCCUGGCUUUUGCAGAGAUCCCUCAUGUGAUCAAAUCAAACAGAAACAGCAAAACAUCGAGCACCUACUGCAUUGAACAGUAUAUUUUACGCAAAGUCAAACUGUUCCAGUCCAGCGGAUAUCAGGACAUGGACAUGACCAUGUGUGCGCUGGAAUACAUGUACCUCUUCAAUGCUUACGAGUUUAUGGAAAUGGCACAGUUGGAGCAAAAUAUGGCAUUGACAGAUCAUGCACUGAGCAGGAUUCUGGAAGCAGAAAAAUUGGAAUAUAGCAUCCGUACAACAGAGCUUUUGCCAGAGACACCGCCUCCAGAGUACUACGAUCAAAGAGGAGCUCUGUUGCUCAUCAAAGCAUCUAUCUUGAACGCCAUGGGACGCUAUCCAGAGUCUAUCAUUCAUCUCAAUUGGAUUGUGGAUCACAAAAACAAGAUCACGGCUGACAAGUGGGUUGUUCCUUUUGCGUAUUGGGAGGUGGGCAUGACUUCUUGGCAUUUGGAUCAAAGAAUACGAGGAAAAGGAUUCUGGGAGGUCGCUUUGUCAUACACCAGCUAUGAUUUUGAAUAUAGGCUAGCCAUGAGAAUUAAUUUAGCCUUGACAAGAGCUGCUGAAAUCGGCAUCAGCGAUAAACAACAAGCGAGCGCUCCAAUCAGCCAAUUUGAAGCGCAGCCAUGCGACAGCAUAACUCAAAGUCAAUGCAAUAGCGAUGUGGAGGAUGAGAGCAAUUUUGAACUCCAAGACGACAAAGAGGAUGAUGCUGAUAAGAAGCAACAAGAUGACAGAUCGUCCACAAAAUCUCUCAAUUCUGACUCGACAGCCAACACUGAAAACUUACCAGACAAAAUCCCCGCAGAAAUGGAAAUUGAGCAAGUUGUUGAUCAAUUGAAGCUUGGUUCCGAGAAUCCUGCUGCUAUAGUAGAAGCCCAACAUUAG